CUACCCAAGAUGGCGGCAGCCUCAUCCAUCCAGCCGCCGAGCGUUCACACUUCUCUAGCCCGGGAGAGCGCACUUUCCCCGGAGAUGGACAGCCCCGACAGCCGGCAGCCGGAGGUCGAUGAGGCGGUGGCGGUGGUGGCAGCGGCGGCAGGAGCGGCGGGAGCGGCGGGAGCGGCGGGAGCAGCGGGAGCAGCGCAGCCCUCCGAGCCCGGGAUCAGCCUGCGCGACCUGCCGGACCUGGAUCCGGAGGAGAUCGAGAAGCGUCUGGCCAAAACUCGCAUGGAGCUGAGCAACAGGAGGAAAAUCCUGAUGAAGAACCUCCCGCCGGACACCACCAACCAGGAGGUCCAUGAAAUUCUGAAAGAGUAUGAACUGAAGUACUGCUUUGUGGACCGCAACAAGGGCACAGCCUUUGUGACUUUGCUGAACGGGGACCAGGCUCAGGAUGCCAUCCGCUCCCUCCAUCACAGCACUGUCCGAGGACGCCUGAUCAACGUCACCCUGCAGCCCACCGACUCCCUGCUCUGCCUCACCAACCUGCCGCACACCUUCACCGCCCAGCAGCUGGAGGAGCUGGUGCGCGCCUAUGGAAACAUCGAGCGCUCCUUCCUGGUGUACAGCGAGCUGACGGGCCACUCCAAGGGAUAUGGGUUUGUGGAAUACAUGAAGAAGGACUCGGCUUCACGGGCCCGAUCUGAGCUGCUGGGCCGACCGAUGGGCGACCGCUCACUGAUGGUGCAGUGGAUGGACGUCAACCAGCUGAGCCAGGAGGAGAACCUGCACUCCAGGUGUCUGUGUGUGGACCGACUGCCGCUGGACCUCUGCGACUCCGAGGAAAUGACCCAGCUCUUCUCUGAAACCUACAAACCCGUCUUCUGCCAGCUUGCUCAGGAUGAGGGCAGCCCGGUGCGGGGGUUCGGCGUGGUGGAGUACGAGAGCGCAGAUCAGGCAGAGGCUGUGCUGACGGAGAUGGACCGGACGCUGGUGGGAGGACAGGAGGUCCGUCUGUCACCAUGUUCCCCUGGCACCUCAGGGAGAAGCACCCUGGCUGCACUCAUCGCCGCCCAGGGUAUGAUUCUGAGCAACAGGAAAGGUCUCCUGCCAGAACCGAACCUGGCCCAGUUGCUGACCAGUAUGACGAACCCCGCUGCCCUGCAGAUCCUCAUGAGGCCGUACCACACUGGGAAAAGAGGAGGGAAGUACGGCCGUCACAGCAGCCUGCCCUUCCUCAGACCCCCCCUCACCACAGCCCUGCUCACCCUGGGAAAAGCACACCAGAACGCCAUGCUCGGUAAUGGACUCGUCCUUCAGAACCUCCUGCAUAUGCAGCUCGCACAGCAACAGCUUCUUCACAUCAAAGACAAGCGCAUCAGUAGCGUCUCCAGUCUGCUCGGGGACCCGUCCAGGCUGCUGAUGCAGAAAGCUCUGUCUCUGCGGCCCCCAGGCCUCGUGGCUCUGGGGAAAGGCCUCCUGGGAGACUCGCCUACAGCACAGGCAUCAGGGACAAGUUUAGGUUCUGCAUUUUGCCCAGGGACACUUGACUGGAGGAGCUGGGGAUCAAACCACCGACCCUCUGAGUUGAGUCAGGAGUCAGUGCCACCACCAACCCACAAUGCCACUGUGGUGGUAUCAGCCGCGGGUAUGAUGCCAUACCUCCAGGGUAGAGCCGGAGAACAACUCGGCGCCCAUUCCCUCUCCACCACCCCGUCCUCGUCCGACAGACAGCCUGCUCCUCCCGGGACACUGGUGAGCUCCCAGCUGCAGGGACAGAGCUAUGCCCUGGGUAUGACUAACUCAGGCCUCGGGCCCCAGCCACCCAAACCCCCUGGAGGAGUUUACACAUCAACAGGCCAUCACAACAGUGCAGAUGGUUGCCCCCUGGGGAGCAUGGUGAACUGUGGUCAGAGUUCUCUGCUGGGGGACCCUCCUAAAGAGGUCCGUCUGCCCUCUAAUCCGUACCUGAACCUGGCCAGUGUCAUGCCAGGGGUCGUUCUGCAAGGGUCGGUGGGGGGUAAAACCCAGGGAGGACAGCCCGGCUCUGGGAUGUACAGCACCUCCGUUGCUCCCAUGGCCUCCCAGGCCUCCGGCUCCUUCUCCCACAGCGCUGCAGCUACAACGACUGCUCAGUACAGCACCGACACCUCCACCGACUACAGCCAGUACAACCAGGCGUACACACAGGAGGCCAUGCAGCAGUGGUACCAGCACUACCAGGCCGCAGCACAAGCUCACAGCUACAACACUGCUGCUCCACAGGACAGCACGACCGCAGACUACAGCAAGGAGCACACACAGCCUCCCCCGGUGACCACCUAUCAGGAUUACAGCUCCUACAUGCAGGCAGUCACUCAGUACUACUCCCAACCUGCAACUGCCAACCAGGCCUACGGCGGCAAGGAGGUAGACGUGUGCAAGCCUCUGGGAGUCUCUCUGCACGCAGUCAGCAACGGUGCGGCUCCUCCGCCAGCCGUCCUGCCAGCUGCCGCCGUGCUCCCGGCCUACAGCACCCUGCCAUUAAUGCCCGGCUUCCUCGGGGCGCCACACCCGGCGGCGGCUACUCCCAGCGCCGUCACGCACGCACACCCUGCCGCCACGGACUGGAACACUUACUACUAUAACCAGACCAGGGGCCAUAAGAGAGAGUACCCUCAGCUGGCGGUGCAGGAAGUGACAUCAUCGGAGGGCGCCUACAUCGGGCAGCACUCGCAGGGCCUGGGCGGCCAGUACGCCGACUACUUUAAGAGGAAGAGGCUCUAGUACGAACCAAACCACCUUUAAAGCCUGAAGCUUAUGGAGGGAGGCACAAGCGGCGUCUGCCCGAUGUCACAGCUCCCUCUAGUGGCCUUUCUGUGGCUGCCAUUUUGCAUCCCUACAGUAGGUAUUAGCUGAAUUAGGGUUGCAAAUGGCUCAAGUUAAAGCAAGCCAUAGUGCUCAGUGAUACUGGCAUUUAUGUACACGCAAACACACACACACACACAUACAACACACACAGACACACAAACACAGUGUUGCUUUCGUCCUGUUCAAAGCCUUAAAUCUUAAGCUCAUGUUUCUUAGUCAGCGUGUCGACUGUACUUAACUAAUAUAACCUUGUACAUGUUUUCUAAUCUCCUGUAAACUGAAGUAUAUUGUAUCUGUACGUACGAGCUGCUUUUGUAUUUGCAGCCAGACGACGUGUCUGUCGGCUCUCACUGUCACGUCCCUUCCUCCGUGUGCGUUUCCUACUUUCAAAGGACAAAAUGGUGUCGCACACUCACGCUUUGAUCCGUCGGUCGAACUGACAUCGUGUUGAUUCCCGCUUCAGUGUCUUUCUCUCUUUUUCGUUUUAUUGCCCAGGCUCCUCUUUUUAUAUCUCUCCGUGCGGAGGAUUGGAGUGUGUGUGUGUGUUUCUGUGUGUGUGUGUGUGUGUGUGUGUGUGUGUGUGUGUGUUUCUGUGUGUGUGUGUGUGUGUGUUUGAUAUGCUGUAUCUGUAGGAAGCGUCAGCCAUUUAAAUCCCAAAGUUGGGAGCAAAUCAGGAAAAAAUAAAAGGGCCUGAAUAAAUCAAAGCCCUUAAAUGUGUUGAGUUACAGAAGCUUCCCUCGGUGAGUGGACCUUUCUCAUCGAGACUGGCCAGAAAAUAAAAGGCUUGUAUAUAAACAGUGUGUGAUACUGACUAUAUAAAGCCAUGUGCAUAACAGACAAUAUCGUAUACAUGUAUAAUAUAAUGAACAUUUCCCGGCUCUUUUGUGAUUUCUGAUUUUUUUUCUUUUUCAAUCUAUACUGUUAUAUAUUUGUAAUAUUAUAAUCCAAUAAUAUUCAAGUAAUUUUAUUAACAUUGAAUUAACUGGUUUUGACUUUAAAUGUAGAUAUUUGGUUUGGUUUUUAACAUUUAACACAAAUAUUAGGUCCUCUCCUCUCCUCUCCUCUCCUCUCCUCUCCUCUCCUCUCCUCUCCUCUCCUCUCCUCUUCCUCUUCCUCUUCCUCUUAAUGCCAGGCAGUUUUCCAGAAACAGCUUUUCUGUCUGUAACAGGAGCUUUUCUUCCAUUUCCACCCACCAUUAAUAGAUAAAAGUUUUCUGACUGUAUUUAUGUCCCACCUCCACACUGCAUAAUACUUUCAAGCAGGGUUUUGAGUUUGCUGCACAAGUGAAAGUACAUUCUAGAGCCCGUCCAAAGUCUCUGAAUACUGCGUCUGUAGGAAGAAUGAAAACUUGUAUAUGUUUCAGUUCAGGCUAUUUUCUUAAUUUAUUUCAAUAUAUUUCAUUAUAUUUGUGUUUUCUUUUUAUUUACAGUUAUUUAAAAUAAAGUGUAGGGUUAAACUGUAAAAUAUCAAAACUCAAUUAAAUGACUUUGUCGUACAGGUUUGAUAAGGACAUCUUAGGAAUUAUUGAUAUAGUCUGUAUACUCUAGUAUUUAUCCAGUAUAUAAUCAUACAGGAAAUAACCUGUUUACUGAACUGUGGAUUUACACACAUCGUUCAAUGAAAUGAAAGAGGAAGAAAUCCUGAUAUCCAAAAGUCACAGUUUGUAUAAAAAGAUUUGAUUUGCUAAGAAGUUUUCUGCAGUGUGUGUACUGUAGUAGUAUUAGUAUACAGUACAGUGUGGGAUUGGGACACAAUCUUUAUCAUUGGACAAUGAUAAUCAGACGUUUCUGCACCUUUAAUACUUUAGUGCAAAAAGCAAACUCUUAAUGCCGAUUGUAUUGAGGGCUGGUUUCUUUCUAGUGGCUUUUAUAAUGGAUCCAGAAAAAAAAAAAAAAAUCUUUUCUUUCUUUCUUUUGCUUUUGGUGAUUUCCAUUAUUCCUGGUGGUGCAAGGACGCUGAACCCCAAUACGGUUCACGUCCAGAAGGCUUGUUUGACGUUCGUUACCAUGGAGAGGGCUCAGUAUUCUAAUAUCACAAACCGGCAAUAACUCACGGCUCCUGCCGCUGCAGAAAGACGAAUGUGAAAUCUUUAUGUUGUAGUGUAAAGAGUUUUUUUUUUCAUGCAGUUUAAUACAGUCCUGUGGAGCAGUAACGGCUCAUAACCCACGCUUGGGAAAAUGUUUUUUGGGGAAUUCUACUCACAACCGUCUGAUUAUGUAUCUCGGAGCGGAGUAUUACUUGCAUCGCCAUGGCAACCCGGCUGGCACACUGUGAAAACCAAUAGCAGGUGUAAACAGGAAGCACGUGAUGUUUACAAGAGCCGAGUAUCGGUGGUGGUGUGAAGGUAACGCUUGUUAAAUACUGAUAAAAAGGCUUAAACGCAAAACUAAAAGCAAUAGAUGUCCCUCAGUGCGACAACACACACACACACACACACUUUCCUUGUUUCCCUCUUCAUCCCGUUUCAUUAGUAUCUCACGUUUGCUCACAUCCAGUUUCAUUCCUCCAUAUUCGUGUAGUUGAAACUCGUUUUAAUGGAUCCACUGAAGAUUUAAUGGAGGACAUGGACAAAACAAACAAAAAAUGUUGGGGGGGGAAGGAGUAGUGAGAGGAUUUGAAAAUGCUAAAUAUUUGCCCAAACACUGAGAGGAAGAGGAAUGGCUGCUGAUUAAAGCCUUUUUCUUCCUCCUCUGUUCUGUUUUAGUAAAAUACUGCGAUCGCUUUCACAUUUUCAACGUUCAUCGACUCUUUUUUGUUUGUUUGUGAAGACUUGUUUCCGCAGUUUGAGGAUUAGAUCGAUUCCAGUUCAGCCACUUUAUCUCUAUCUGUUGUUGUUUUCAUGCUGGAGGCUCAUAUUUGCCUCAAUUUGAAUUCAGACAGUUCCAACUUCCACUUUCUAUUUAGCUCUCAUUGAUGAUGAUAUGAAUGAUUAACUUCCUUCACAUUAAAGAAAAUGCAAGAAAGAAAAAUGUUGUCAUUUGAAAAUUAAGAUUUUAUUUUUAGAUCAUUAGCAUACAUUUCUAAACAACCAGUUUCAUUGAUCACACAGAUUUCAGUUUUACAGACACAGUGGAUCUGGAAGUGAAAACCUCUGGAAGCUCCUCCCUCCCCCUCUCUGCUGCUGUAACUCAUGAACUGUGUGUUUGCUCAGUUUGUCCAGAAAUAGCAGAACAAACUUAUUUUGGACAGAAGACAGAGAUCCAAUAAGCCCGGCCCCCGACACAGACUCUGCUGAAGUCAAAUCUAAUUUCUCAAGACAUCUCUCUCUCUCUCUCUCUCUCUCUCUCUCUCUCUCUCUCUCCUCUCUCUCUCCUCCGUCUGCGGCUGUUUGUCUUUUUGCAUUUCCCCCCCCCUCAAGCAGUUCUUAUCUAUUGAUUUGGUUUUGUCACUGUCUCAUCGGCCUCAUCUCGCCUGAAUCAACUCGGUCCACUGAGACACAUUUUAUGGAGACACACUCAUCGGAGCCAGGACUCCUCACCCGGCUCCGAGCCACUGUUUGAUUUGCUUCUCGGUGUGUGAGUGGAUGAAAAGUAGCUCUCUCUCCUCCACCUCUUUAAAAGGCAAGAUGGAAAUGUGCGUUCAUCUGUGUGUGUGUGUGUGUGUGUGUGUGUGUGUGUUUGUGGACGUGAGCAGCUGAGGCCCCGUCUGUCUCUCAGCCUUUCUGUUUUCCAGUCUGACCAGUUAAAAGAUUCAGAUACUAAUGUCUCACUUUCUCUGAAGUGUCAGUGAACUGCAUGUGUGUAGAUAUCAAAACCAGAAUGAAGACACAGAUUAAAGCCAUAGACUUCAUAUGAAGUGUCUCCACUAUCUAGAAAUUAGGCCAAAUUACCUCGGGUCAUUUGGCCAUCUACUCCAAAACUGAAUCCUUCAUGAAUUUCUCUGAAUCGGUUGAGGAGCUUUUGUGUCAUCCUGCUGACAAACUAACAAAUGCAGAUGAAAACGUAAUCUCCCAUUUCUAUAGAAUCAAAUAACAAGCUAAACUUGUACAAACAAUAUGAUAAGAACGACCAAAGAUGACAAACCAUCUUCGGAAAGAUUUAUUUAGCAUUUACUUUGACUUUUUCGUUUGGGCCAUGUCUGUCGGAGGAGGUGGGAUUCAUGACGUUUACUGCAGCCAGCCACCAGGGGGCGAUUGAGGCGAUUUGGCUUCACUUUUGGAGAGUGUUAGCGCAGGGUUUUGUUUAUUUCUGUCUUUUUCUUUGCUAAUUUGCUUCUACGCGAUAGAAAGAGUCGUACUGUCUGGUAGUCUGGAUUUCUGUGAGGAAAAUCUGAUAAGAAAACAAGCUAAGUUGAUUUUAUCAUGACGUGUUUUUAAGUUAUGUUAUUCAGAGAGAUGUGACUGUCAGAUACCGUGUGUGUGCGUGUCCUGCUGGAGCCAGAGAUGGUUUGUUAAGCACAUAUUUACAUUCUUUCUGUGACUGUUCAGACUGUGCCAAAUGUUUUGCACUUUCAAGUUGUCCGAGCUCACGUCUCUCGCGUCUGCUGCUCCUGAACUUUCCAGACGUUGUCGCUGAAUUGCAGAUAAUGAGAUAUGAACUGCUUCCUUCUUCGCCUGGUGUGUGUGUGUGUCUUUGUGUCUUUGUGUCUUUGUGUGUGUGUGUGUGUGUGAGAGUGAGAGAGUAGAAGUGUGCUCCUGGCAGGUAAUGGGGUUGAGGAGAAUGGGAAAAACAAGUCGAGCUCCUCUCAGCUGCAGGAAAAUUUCAUUUAUGUCUUUAUUUAUUGUCUCUCUCUCGUCUCAGUGAAGAGUCUUGGUUAUGUCUGCCACAUACCUGUUGCAGGUACUUGUAGAGCUGUCUCACACACACACACACACACACACACACACACACACACACACACACACACACACACACACACACACACACACACACACACACACACACUCUGACUGUCACCCGCUGGAAACAUCUCUGCUCUGGUUAUUAGCAUCAGACGCACUCUCACAGACCAUUUGGUCACGGUGAACAUUAGGACCAAAAUAUUUCACGAGUCUUCGUUUAUCGUUCGUCUGUCCUGUGGAGAAAAUCGUCUUCGAUAUCCACAGAAAAAAAAAGAAUCAACGUGUGCAUUGUUUACCAGUGGCCGGCUGACGAGCACCAUGCAUCCCCCGCCGGUGACGAGUCGUCCGAUUGCUGAUGCUCAGAUUCAAACAGUCGGCAUCGCGCCUGCACAGCUGUCACUCAAAGCCUGUGCAGAUGUGGAUUUUGUGCAGAAGAAAACUGUAAAUAAAUCUGCAUCCAUUACAUUUAUCGGACAAAGCUGAUGAUGCUUUUUACUCCAGAAGAUAUAAAUUAAGAUAUAGAUUUUCUUUAACUUGAUUUUCCCGCUUAGACCCUCCACUGACCACCAUGUUGAUGACCUUUGACCUUUCUUCAGCUGAUGCUGUGACAGGAUGUGGUCAGGUGAUCAAGACUCUUCAGGUUCGGUCCUUUGUCCUCCCGGGUGGUUGUAAAGACGAUAAGGUUUCCACGUACAGGACUGUGCAAAAGGUUUGUUAAAGUGAGGUCGGAUCCUGAUGUUGUUUAUUGAUCCUUGCAAAGAUCAGUCAACAGAGAAAACAAAAUGUCAUCAGCAUCUGGUGCGACCGCCAGUUCUCACGUGUGCUUGGUUUCUACUCGGCCGCAAGGUCGUUCAAGUGUCUUGGGGAACUUGCCACAGUUCUUCUGUCUCUUCACAUAAACAUGGUGUUAAAAUGAAGCUUCCGCUGUUAUGUUGUGAUUUAGUGGCAUCUAGUGGUGAGGUUGCAGAUUGCAGCCGACGGAAUACCUCUCCCCAGCGAAACACUUUAACAGGCUGCAUCCUACAAGGAAGGUAGCCAGCACAGACUGUAAAUAAAGAUAGACGACGCAUCUACACUUCCUCCAACUAACAAGGUCGCGCUGAUAAACACGCUCAACCAAUCGUGUGUCAGUUUCAGCUGUCAAUCAUGUUUCAUCGUGUUUUUAUAGCAUCAGAUAACAAAUUCACUUAUACAAACAUUGUGAUAAGAACUACUUGAACGUUUUUAAACUUUUUGUUUAGUCCAUGUCUCCAUCCCCUAAUAUGGAAGAGGCGGGGGUUUGACCUAUACUGCAGCCAGCCACCAGGGAGUGAUCAAGACACUUUGGCAUCACUUUAUUGGUCGUCCAUCUUUAUUCACAGCCUGUGAGUUGGGACACAGCUGAUGUCAUGUGAUCCAAGUCUUAAAACCUUUUGGUUUUUUGAUUGUUGCAUCGCUGACAACUUUUUCUUUCAUCGUAAUGAAAAACUCGCCACUGACUUUAACCUUAGUUUGUUUUCCCAGAUCGUUUUGUGCCUGAACCUGUCGCAAGUUCAUCUUCGUGCAUUUUCAUGGUUUUAACGGCAGUUUUAACAAAGAGCUGCGUCAGUUACCCACAAUCCUUCGGUCCUGAUCCUGUAAGCACCAAUUUAGUGCCGUUAAUUGUUUUUCAAGCCCCCGAGUUCACUUUUUUAUUUGAAUUUAAAAAUGAUGAAUACGUCAUUUUGGAAGUUUUAACCGAUGUUGCAAUAUUAUCUUGAACACUGCCUCCUCCAGUUUGAGUGGUUGUGUAAAAUACACACAGUUCUACAGCUGAGGAAGAAAUCUUUUUUUUGUAUGUCUUACUUGUAUUGAACCUUUUUGUGCUACUGAGGAAUGUUCGAGUGGUUCGACUGAUGGAGAAACGGUUUUAUCUGUCAGUUCCUGUGCCUCUCUGUGCCACCGAGACGUCCUCAUGAUGAUUGUACACAAACACGUUCCCUCAACGUGACGCAGCACAAAACAAACACACACAAGCUGAAGGCUGAUGCUGAGUCUCUGUUGGUGGUCGUCGCCCGUCGCUGAGCCGACUGUAGUUAGCGCCACAGAUUCUGUUGCUGUGUAAACGCAGCCUCGUAUUUGAUCUUUAGUUGCUAGUGGACGUACGAUAUCGACAAUGAAAUGCAGAGUUUUUUAUUUAUUGCCAGAACAGAAAAUCUUACAUUCAGUUUAGUUGUGGUAAUUUUUUUUUUUUUGUAGGGUUAAGACAAAUGUGGCAGAGUCACUUCAGGUUAAAAUCCAGAUUUUUUCUGUCAUUGUGUAAACGGAGCCGCCUCUUAAGCGUCAGUGUGCCACCUAUGGACCAGUACAAAUAUUACACAAGGUCGGCGGUGAGGCUGGACUUCGCAAUAGUGAAUGACGAAUCCACAUGGUGUGUGUGUGUGUGUGUGUGAGAGAGUGUUGAACACAAAGCUUUGCAAUACCGAAGUCUAUCAGAGUUUUCAGACACACUUUAAUGGCUGUAGAUAAAUCUAGAUUUGCCGUGCUUCUUGUUUUGGUAACAGUUUUUUUUUGCUUUUAAAGUACGUGGAUUUUUUUUUUUCCUGACCUGAAAUAUACUGUAGAUUUUUGCAAAAUUUUAUAUCAUACUGACAUUGAUAUUGUUUUACUGUGAAUAAAGUAUUUCUAGAGCAAUUUUAGCAUGUCUGCUUACACCUGUAAUAUAUCGAACAGAGUUUUCAGUAGAUAAUAAUAUGGUGGUGAUGAUGAUAUUGCAUUUGGACUGACACAGAGAGGACAAAACAAACACUGAUUUUAUUUAUUUUUUCAUUGUGUAUUUAUGGAUACUUUUAUCUUCCAUAAUUCUUAAUUUUGUCUUAUAUUUUGAAAAAUAUAUUUCUUUUCUCUUAUUUUGAGCAGAAGGAAUUGUCUUUUACAUUCCUAAAUAAAAACGUGGACUGAAGCGCAA